AUGGCCGUGGAUAAUUCAGAGAUCAUGGACUUUGUCAAUCGGUAUCAGAACUUGCAGGGCUACCAGAACGCCAGCGACCAACUGAUGAAGGACCUUUUGAUAUACUGCAAAGAAAUCCAGGGCCAAUAUGCCGAUGAAAAUCAGAUGCUUAAGCAGGAGCUGCGCAAUGCAAAACUUGACCUCGAGCAUGCUACGACUUCCAGAAGAGAGAUGCAACAGGUGCUGCAAGAGCUUGAUUAUGAUAACAGCUACAUGAAGUUCCAAGAAUCGUUUAUCAGACAAGGCAUCGAGGGCGGCAAGCAAGCCGCCUACGCCCUCCGAACUGCCGUUGCUGAGUACGUUGGCAGCCAGUCGGGCGAGGUUGAAAUCGUCGCCAAAGUUUGCGCCAAUCUAUCUGGUCUUGGACGUGCUAUGCGCAGAGAUGGGUGCCUCGACAGCGAGUCCGAGCUCAAGGAGUUCUAUCUGGGUUUCACACAGGCCAAAGCUUCGUUUGAUUUCAUUGAUGUCGGUCACGGUAAGGAACGUGCCGACUCGAAGAUCAAAGAGACAACCCGUUGGCAUUUGCGAAACUACAACUGCAGACAGAUUUUGCUAGGCAUUUCCCAUGAUGCGGGUUAUGCCCCUUUUCUCGACGAGAUCCUUCAAGAUACAGAUACUCGCUCGAGAGUCAGUCUAAUUGAGGGCGUCGCCACGGUCAGAGAAUUGAAAAACACCAAUGUUCAUAUCCUCGACCCGCUGCCCAGCCUUUUCCGAAACCAAAAGCUCAUUGAUAGAAGUGGCGACCGCGCUGCUGAACGUGCCGAGGCAUAUGCCAGAUCUUCGGCGCAGGGACCAGCUUCGGUACCUUUCUUUUCAGCUCCAUCUAGAGCGUCGACAUCUUCGCCUGUGAUGGUGGCCUCGCCAAUCUCACCUCCUGCUACAGUGGCGACGACGGCUUCUUCUUCCUGGGCCGGAGUCACUGCGAAGGCGAGCCCACCACCAGUCAUCACCACUCCUUUGGCCAAAAUAUCCGUCAAUGUUCCUGCUCGAAAGGCUCCAGAACAAAAAGUGGCAACACCGGCAUGGAACCCUGGCGAACGUGGCAUUGACCCCCCCAUCCCCAUCAACGCAACAGCCAUGGAUAACAUUAAGAAACGAACGGGCAAGGAUAAGCUGUGCAAUAACCAUUACCUGCGCGGUCCUUGCGCCAAGGGCGACGAGUGCUGCUUUGAACACAAGUACAAGCCCAAUGCGGACGAGAUCAAUGCUAUUGCCCAUUUGACUCGUCUCAACCCCUGUACCAGUGGUCAGGAGUGUGAGGUGGACAACUGCAUCUACGGACAUCACUGUCCUAGCGUGAGUGGGAACACCUGCACGCAUCCGUAUUGCAAGUUCAGAGUUGAGGAUCAUCCACCUGGCACAAAGUUCAAGAAUGCCAAGAUUCACGAAAACUAA